AGCGAAGUCUGGCUCAACAUCUUUUUACAGUCUAUGCUCAACAUGCUGCAUGACAGAUCGGACAGAACAGUCAUACUACAUACUAAAUUCAAAUGCAGUAUGUAGUAGGCAAUACCUACUGCCUACUACAUUAGUAAGUAGUAUGUAGCAGGCCGUUUCGGAAACAGCCUAUGGCCCCAGCGAAUAGACCAUUUCUGUUGUCCUCGGUCGGUCAGCGAUCAGUUCGAGGGGGUAGUUGGCGUUAACUGAUGCAAAAACAAUCAAAGCGAUACUGGAAGGUUUCAUCCGUGCAGCUUUGAUCACCACGUUUACUGUUUUCGAGCAGGCUCCUCGUGCGAUCCGCUGCAUCCCUCCCUCUUUCUUCGAAGGUGCUGCAGCAGAAACAUCAAUAAGUACAUGCAGCUUGGAUAACUACUAAAAAGAAAGAGCUCUACUUCCGCUUAUGAUGGAUUCAUCACCGGUAAGAGAUGAAACAGCAGAGGAAACGGAGGAUGAAGAAAUUGAGGAGGCGUCAGACAUAGAUGAUGAUGCUGAGGAUGCGGAAUUCAAGAUUAAUUCUGACACAUCAGACUCCGACAGCAUGGAAGAGAUGGAGGAGCAGGAGGGGACAGAUGAGACUGAAGACUGGAUUUCCAAGAGUGGGCUUUCCUGGUCCCCUUCUCAUGAGGAGACAUUGGAGUACUUCCCUGCGCCCACUGGUCUGGCCCCAGGGCCAACUCGCUACGCCAUUUCUCAGAUCAGCACCCUCAAAUCCGCCUUUGACCUGUUUCUGACGGAUGAUAUGCUGCAGCUCGUACUCAAAAGGACAAACCUACAUGGAAGAGAGUUCACCAAGGGUUGGAAGGACAUUGAUCUCGUAGACCUUGAAGCAUACAUCGGAUUGCUCCUCCUCGCCGGUGUGUACCGCUCCCGCAGUGAAAACGUGAAAAGCCUGUGGGAUGACCAAACCGGGCGAGCAAUCUUCCGGGCCACAAUGUCAUGCGGUAUGUUCAGCCUCAUCGGGCAAAACAUUCGAUUUGAUCGCAAGGCUGAGAGGGCAGAGAAGAGCGACGACAAGUUGGCUGCUAUUCGGGAGCUAUGGGACCAGUGGACCGAUCGCCUCCCAUUGCUUUUCAACCCCAGCCGUGACAUCUGUAUAGAUGAGCAACUUGUGCCUUUCAAAGGCCACUGCAGGUUUCGACAGUACAUGCCAAAAAAGCCAGGCAAAUAUGGCAUUAAAAUCUGGGUGGCCUGCGAUGUUCCAACAAAUUACGUCUGGAGGAUGCAGGUGUAUUUGGGCAAAGCGGCCGGAGACGCACCUGAGGUUGGCCAAGGGAAGCGGGUGGUCAUAGACUUGACCAAGGGGCUCCGGGGCCACACCGUCACCUGUGAUAAUUUUUUCACAUCACACGCCCUGGCUCAGGAGCUGCUGAAAAGGAAAAUGGCCCUUGUCGGGACCAUCCGAAGCAACAAGCCGGAGCUUCCCCCACAACUGCUCCGGAUUAAGAAGCGUGCAGUCUUGUCCUCCCUCUUUGCCUUUACCAAGAACACCACUUUUGUGUCCUACGUCCCCAAGCGGGGGAAAAAUGUGACCCUGCUCAGCACUAAGCAUCGGAGGCCAGUGGUAAACAGAGAUGACAAGAAAAAGCCGGAGAUCAUCACUGACUACAACAGCUGUAAGGGGGCUGUCGACACCCUGGAUAAGCUUGUCGGCACAUACAGCUGCCACAGGAAGACCCGUCGUUGGCCGCUUGCGAUGUUUUUCAACAUCCUUGAUGUCUCCGCAUGCAACGCAUAUGUGCUGUGGACUGCAGUGGAUCCUACAUGGUUUAAAACUAAAAGUGUCAGGAGAAGGGUGUUUCUUGAAGAGCUGGGGAAAUCUCUUGUGAACCCUCAGAUCGCCCGGAGAACAACCGUUCCCCGCUCACCAUUUGCUGCUGCUAUAGUGAAAGCUGCCAGGACAGUGCCAGAAACAGAUGACAGUGGCCCAGAAGGACCCAGCCCAAAAAAGAGGAAGGUGUGCUUUUGUUGCAUCAAAAAGAAAAGAAAAGUUUACAACGUCUGCUGCAAAUGUGAGAAGCACAUCUGCAGGGAGCACAUGUCCACUAUUUGCCUCUCCUGCUGCCCCUGAACAGCUUCUCACACAUCGAUACAUGUCCACAGACAAAUAUAUAAGAUUAGAUAAGACUGUAUUGAUCCCCAGGGGGAAAUCUGGUUGAUGCAGCAACACAGAUAUAGUAGCAUGUAGUAGUAGUACAAGAAUUAGUGAAGAAAAAAAAAAGUAGAAAAAAAGCUCACACACAUAUAUAUACACAUAUAUACACACUCCUUUUCUGUCUUGCUCUACCUCUUUGUCUUUUACUCACUAAGUUUAGUUUAAGUUGAAAAUUUUGAAAUGUGUUGAAUAAAAAAUAUUCUUUAUCAAA